CUUCCGGGGUGGCCCGCUCCCCCCCCCCUCUCCCCUCAGAGCGCUCAGCGAAGGAGGGGGCAGUGGCCCCGGGUUCGCGCCCCCUCCCAGCCGGGAGAAGCGGCUUUUCCUCGGGACGGUAGUGUAAGGUUUUCCUCUACCUCGCUGAGGACGGUGAAGUCAUCCCCGGACCUUCCGUGACAGUGCCUGAACAGCCCGGAUAUGAUGCCAAAAGAUCUCCAAAGUAUUUUAUAGUUUGACCCAAUGAUUCUUCUGGAUCUAUAUUUCUCUCUUCAAGAAUAAGUGCAAAGACCAAAUCCUACUUACUACCAGAUAUUUUUUAUUGCAAGAUCAUGGACCAUAUUACUAGGGAGAAAGAUGAAAGGCGAACAGGGAAAGGGAAUCCAGGAAGAAGCACGCACAGUUCUCGAGCAUCAAGUUCCACUUCGGCGGCUGGAGUUCUCAUGGUCGGGCCCAAUUUUAGGGUUGGCAAGAAGAUCGGCUGUGGCAAUUUUGGAGAGCUCAGGCUAGGAAAAAAUCUUUACACAAAUGAAUAUGUAGCAAUCAAGCUGGAACCAUUAAAAUCUCGUGCCCCACAACUGCACUUAGAGUAUAGAUUUUAUAAACACCUCGGCUCUUCAGUUGAAGGCUUCCCACAGGUAUUUUAUUAUGGUCCAUGUGGAAAAUACAAUGCCAUGGUACUGGAGCUCCUUGGCCCAAGUUUGGAAGACUUGUUUGACCUCUGUGAUAGAACAUUCACUCUGAAGACUGUCUUAAUGAUAGCAAUUCAGCUGCUUACUCGAAUGGAAUUUGUGCACUCAAGGAAUCUCAUUUAUCGAGAUGUCAAGCCGGAGAAUUUUCUUAUUGGCCGGCAAGGAAAUAAGAAAGAACACAUCAUCCACAUAAUAGACUUUGGAUUGGCCAAGGAGUACAUUGAUUCUGAAACACAAAAACAUAUACCUUACAGAGAACACAAGAGCCUUACUGGAACAGCAAGAUAUAUGUCCAUUAAUACACACCUGGGCAAAGAACAGAGUCGGCGAGAUGACUUGGAAGCUCUUGGACACAUGUUCAUGUAUUUUCUUCGAGGCAGUUUACCAUGGCAAGGCCUUAAGGCUGAUACAUUGAAAGAGCGAUACCAGAAGAUUGGGGACACAAAGAGGAAUACUCCAAUUGAUGUUCUCUGUGAGAACUUCCCAGAGGAGAUGGCCGCCUACCUUCGUUACGUCCGACGGCUAGACUUCUUCGAGAGACCAGACUACGAUUACCUACGAACCAUCUUCACCGAGUUAUUUGAAAAGAGGGGAUUCACCUUCGAUUACGCCUACGACUGGGUUGGCAGGCCAAUUCCCACUCCGGUGGGACCCAUGCAUAUAGAAUCGGGACCAUCUGUAAUGAGAGACGCCCACAUACACCGGGAUCGAUCCUCCGUACAGCCUUACCGAAAUCAGCCUGUGUCCGAACGCAGAGGAGAGUGGGAAAUCCCGGCAGUCCGGCAGACCAAUGCUAUGUUUCUGGCCUCUCACUUGGCUUCCGAACGGCAUGGGGGAUCUGUCCAGGUGGUAAGCUCAACCAACGGCGAGUUGAACGUUGAAGAGCAAGCAGGAGCACCUUCCAACGUACCACUUGCGGCCCGUACUGAGGUGGAAGUAGUAGAGGAAGCUAAGUGCUGCUGCUUCUAUAAGAGGAAACGAAAGAAGUCUUCUCAGCGCCAGAAAUAACAGACAGCCAAGAUGGGACGUCCACCAUCGAUGGUCGCCCAUGGACAGCAUCCACAGCAGUAAGCCAACAGCCGGAGAAUUGCA